AGGAAACUGCGACCUUAUCUUCUGCUGACCUCAGAGUAUGCAGCCUUGGACAGAAGCUGGAGAGGCAGUACUCACUGCUUCUGGAUUCUUAAGUGUUUUCAGUUCUUUGUGCUGUGUGGACUCGUUCAGAGCUUCAGUCUCCACCAUUUGCUGAGAAGCUUGAGCUGCCAUUCAUAGAACUUCUUCAAAGAGAGUGUUCAGACACACGUGACUGAUGGAAUCAGGGAACAUCACAAGAAGAAUUUCAAGUUUUUUCCUUCUUGGAUUUUCAGCAAGCCCACAUCUUCAGUUCCUCAUUUUUGCACUGUUUCUGUCUAUGUACCUGGUAACAGUGCUUGGGAACCUGCUCAUCAUCAUGGCCAUCAUCACACAGUCUCACCUGCACACACCCAUGUACUUCUUCCUUGCUAACCUGUCCUUUGUGGACAUCUGUUUUACCUCUACCACCGUCCCAAAGAUGCUGGUAAAUAUACACACCCAGAACAAGACCAUCACCUAUGCAGACUGUAUUAGCCAGGCGUGUGUCUUCUUGGUUUUUGCAGAACUGGACAACUUUCUCCUGGCUGUGAUGGCUUAUGACCGAUAUGUGGCUAUCUGUCACCCACUGUAUUACACAGUCAUUGUAAACCACCGGCUCUGUAUACUGCUGGUUCUGCUGUCCUGGGUUGUUAGCAUCCUACAUGCCUUCUUACAGAGCUCAAUUAUGCUACAAUUGACUUUCUGCAGAGAUGUGAAAAUCCCCCACUUCUUCUGUGAGCUUAAUCAGCUGUCUCAACUCAUGUGUUCAGGCAACUUACCAAGCCACCUCAUAAUGGAUCUUGUACCUGUUCUAUUGGCAGUUAUUUCCCUCAGUGGUAUCCUUUACUCUUAUUUCAAGAUAGUGUCCUCCAUACGUUCUAUCUCCUCAGUUCAAGGGAAGUACAAGGCAUUUUCUACAUGUGCCUCUCACCUUUCCAUUGUCUCUUUAUUUUAUAGUACAGGUCUUGGAGUGUAUGUCAGUUCUGCUCUGGUCCAAAGCUCACACUCUGCUGCAAGAGCCUCAGUCAUGUAUACUGUGGUCACCCCCAUGAUGAACCCCUUCAUUUAUAGUCUAAGGAAUAAAGAUGUGCAGAGAGCUCUGGAAAGACUCUUAGGAAGAAAACUGUAA